UUGAGUAAAGAGGAGAGACAACUCAUUAUUUGUUGAUGAAAUAUUACUUUUUAGUUUGUAAUAUUUAUUUGUUGUAGAUUUAGGUAUUUAUACUUCAUUUAUUACCGCAUAUAUAUUUAUAAAUGCAUCCACAGUAAUCGCUUUUAGAAUUCCACAUUUUUCUAUCCAUACUUGAUUAUGCCAGCUAAUAAUGAUUCCUCUGGAAGUCCAUUACUUCGUAGACGUAAAACAGAGGAAUCUUCGAAUAUUUCUGAUGAUGCAAAUUCUGAAAGCUCACCGUCAUAUUCUGAGGAACAAGUACUAGCAGUUGAACAAAUAAGAAAAUGUAAAGAUUAUUAUGAAAUACUUGGAGUGGCGAAGGAUGCUGGCGAAUCGGAACUUCGUAAGCAGUACAAAAAGUUGGCUCUUCAAUUUCAUCCUGAUAAAAACAAAGCUCCUGGGGCCGUGGAAGCAUUUAAAGCUAUUGGAAAUGCAUUUAUGGUAUUAAGUGAUCCUGUCAAGAGAAAACGAUAUGACACUUAUGGACUGGAAGCAAUGCAAACAACUGAAAGUUAUCCAACACAAGAAAGAUACUAUUAUACUCCUUCAUUUGAGGAAAUGACUGCUGAAGAACUCUUAAAUAUGUUUUUCCGUAAUGAAGGUAUUCAUGGAACAGCCUAUGUUAGAAGAGGUCAUCAAUGGCAAAGAUUUCACUCUGCUCAAGGGCAUGCUCAUGCUUAUGAACAAGACACACGUAGCACAUUAAUGCAAGCAUUGCCUUUAAUUUUGAUUGUGUCAGUAUCACUUUUAAGUUCCUUAUUUGUUGCUGAUCCAGCCUUCAGUUUAACAAGAUCAUCAAAAUAUUAUUAUGAACGGAGAACGGAAAAUCUUGAUAUUCCUUAUUAUGUGAAAGAGAAUUUCUUGCGCAAUUAUGGAGAUUCAUUGGAGAGAAUCGAAAGACAAGUAGAAGAUGAGUACAUUUUGACUGUAAGAACAUCCUGUUUUAGAGAAAGAAAUUACAAAGAGAACAUGAUUUGGAGAGCCAAGCAUUUCAAAGACAUAAAUUUAGAGACCAAAGCUCGUGAUUUAAGAACACCAUCAUGUGAUACACUGAAUGAAUUGUAUAAAGCAUAUAAUAAACACUAGUCAUACAGAUAUUUUAUUGUUUGAGUUUUGUAGGCAUUGGCUUCAACUUUAUUCUUAUAUUACAUAAUUCAGUGUCUUGUACGUCACUUAUGUUUUAUUUUAUUUAUUUAAAAAAAAUCUUUAUUUAUUCAUGGACUGUUUUAGUUACAUACAAUUACAAAUCUUCUUUUCUUUAGAGUUUUGUUUAAAUCAAAGCUUCUUAAAAUAUGAAUCUUAAUCCUUAAUAGGGUGGCAAAGAGAAGUAUUGCAAUCACCAAAAAUGUUCAUUUUGUUUGCUUAUAAGAUUGCUUAGAAAUGCAGCAUUAUUAUAUGAAACUUUCAAUAAAAACUACUCAAUAAUUAUUUUGAAUUGAAUUUCUUUUGUAUGUAUGAUAUGCUUAAUUUCAAUUUUGACAUUAUAGCCCAAUUUUCUUGAUGGAAGUGAAGUCCCCAAUUUUUUCCCCCCUCAUUUCUGGAGAAGGUCUGAAUGAAAGAAAGUUGAGAAGCUUUGAUUUAAAUAAUUAAAUUACAAAACAAAUUUCUAUCUUUUAUAGUUUAUCCUUUCCUUUAGUUUGCAAAUUCUUAACCACCAAUUACAAUAUCAUAUGUUCAUACUUUGUGAUAUAGUAUGUCUUAUUUUAUCAGUAAUAAAAUUUGGUAAUUAUAUGUUGAAUUUUGGUUUCAUUUUCAUGUGAUCUGUAUUAUUCAAAAUAUUUGAUUUAAAUUUAAAAAAAAAUUCUUUAACCAAUAGAUUAAUCUAUUUUGUUAAAUAUUGUUUUAAUGAUGUAAAAUUUUUCAUGACUUUCAGGUAUUUUUUGAUGCAGUUGUAUAAAGAAACCUUUAUGAAACUUAAAUCCUUCACCUUAUUGUAAAUUAUGACACUAUCUACAAAAAGAUUUUUUUUUUGAGGUAUUGGACUGUGUUUGUUUUUUUAUAUGAAGGAUUUAAUGAUAUCAAAUCGUUUAACUCUAUCACCACUAUUAAAAACAAAAAUAUAUAAUUAAUAUGAAUAGUAUCACAAACUAUUUGAUAUUAUGAAAUCUCACUUUAAUCAAAUAAAUAUAUUACAUUACCUCAAAAAAAUGUAGAUAGUGUUAUUGGACACUAAGCCAAAGAUAUUUUUCCAAAAGAAAUUUAUCAUCACAUUUUUAUGUGAGACUUUAGUUUAGAAUCUCAAUAUUAUAUGUGAAUUAUAUAUAAAAUAUAAGAAAAAAUACACUCAAAUUAAAUGCAAAUUGUGUUUUUAUGCACAUUUUCAGAAGAAAACUUUUAUGUAAAUCCAGUUUUCUUGAAAAUUGGGAUUUACUUGUAAUGUAUAUAAAUAGAUUCCUUAUUAAUUUUACAUAUUAUAUUAGAAUUAUUUAUUGUUAUAUUAAAACAAUUACUCCGAACUGGAAGGAAACAAUUCCAUGCAUAAGGAAUAUUUUCUUAAGUUGUCUUUAACUAUUUUUUUAAAAAAAUUGUUAAAGAUUUUAUUGUUUAUAUAUUUUCAGUUUUGAAAUGAAGUUAUAAUAUUGUACUAAAUAUAUGUUAAUAUAAAUGCAUCAAUAUAUAUUUUUGAAUUGCUUUUAUUUUUAUUAUGUUUCAUUAUAAUUGCUGAAGUUUUUUGUUUCUUUCUAAAAAUCUGUAACUCUUCUGGUUAUAUUCAUUUAUUAUUUCCAGAUGAUCGAUAUCAGUUUGGUAAGUGAGUAUGGCCAAUACAAUUUUAUGUAGCAAAAUUCUUUGUUAUCCUUUUGUUGUAAAAGGAAAUAUAUUUGUUUCUUUAUUUCUAAAAUUUCUUAUGGUUGUAUUUGCAUUAAUAAAUUACGCACAUCAUAUUAUUGAACACUGUUCAUUAUUUAACAUUUUAGUUUAUUUUAAUAAAAAAUUUGUUAUAUGUGAUAUUUGUAUUUAAAAAAUAAAUUGCUAUAGUUAUUUGCUAUUAUUGAUGUAUAUAGAUGCAUUGUAAGUAUUUUUGAAUCUAAGUUUUUUUAUUUUAAAAUAUUUAUGUAUAUUGAUGACAGAUUUUGACCAACUAAUAUUUCAUAAUUUAUUGUGCUGCUUCUUAGAAUUGUAUUCUGACUUAGUUGUUGUUCUUUAUAUAAAGACUUUUGUAUAAAACCUUUUUUUUAAAAAAAGGUUUAUUCUUAAAAUUUAAAAAUUUUGAAUUUAUUAUUCAUUUAUCAAAUUUAUUUUCUCCUUUAUUUCCUUCUUGAUUUUUAAAUGUUUUCAGCUUUAAAUAUUUCUAAAAGAACUUAUUUGCUUUAAAUGUUAAAUUUGGUGAUUAUGAUAUAUAGACCAAUUAAUCCAAAUGAAAAAUUUCUUUCAAAUUUAAUUUUUUUAUAGCAUAAAUUUAUGCUAAUACUCAUUUCUUCAUUUUUUUAUUCUAUUCUUCUUGCAAUCUUUUCACAAAGUUAUUUAUGAAAAAAAUAUUUUUUAAAUAUGAAUUUAGCUGGUAGGUUUUUCACUUAGAUUACUGAGUCAGUAUUAUACUGUUUGAAAUGUGCCAAAGAAUGACAUCAACUAAAUUAGAUAUGGUAAAAGAUGUGUAAGAUUCCCAUGUGCAUAUCUAUCCCCUUUGCAAUAUGUGUAGUUUUAGAAACAUUUAGUACAGGUCAAUAAUUAUACACUUGUCAGUUGCAGUCAGUCUUUAAUGAGAUGAUUUGUGUAAUUAUGCGUGAAAGAUUGUUAAGCUUAUAAUUUUUUAUUGAUUGCUGGCUAACUUUUCCGUUGUCUGCACCACUCCAUUUGCAUUGUUUAUAAUUGGUUUAAAUAAUGUUCAUAUCAUCGUGAAUAUUUUUAAUUUUUGAGUACCAUUUUAAAAAAAGGUUAGUUAACCCGUAGUACUUUCUGUAUGAUUUGAAAAGCAAUGUUGCAAAUAAAAUAUAUUUUGAUGA